AUGGGAAGUGAGAGUCCCCAUUACACCUGCCCACCAAUUUUAGAUAAUACCCACACUUGCGGAUUUGUAAAAUUUUACAAAGAAUUUGCAUUAAUAUUUUGCUGUUUUCUUUUGACAAAUAAAGGCGAGGGAGGGCAUUUAAUGUCCAAGCGAGGUUUACACUUCUUCCGACUCCGAAGAUCGUCUCACUGCGUUGAUAUGGAUUCCGAAACACUUCGUCAAAUUCUCGUAGGUGUUUCAUUUGAUAAUAAUGACUUAAGUUCAAGCUUAACAAGUUGGUGCUGA